AUGGUAUUGCUCAGCUUUAGGCCAGGGAGAGAUCCUGCUCAGCUUGCUGGUGUUGGCAACGGCGGCGCCCGCGGGUGUCGCUUACUUCUUGGAGGCGUGGCCAAGGCCUCCAGUUGCUUGGGCAAGAAUUUUCUUGUCAAAUAUUCGUUCGCCAAGGUUUCAACACAUGAUGGUUUUGAAGAAGCCAUCCAAUCCAUUGAUCUUUCCGAAGGAACGGUCAAUAUCACAUGGACGUUGGAGCGCCGGUCGCGGCGCACUGAUGGAUAUCGUGGAGACCCUCAGCAAGUAUGUUUUCCUUCUAGACGUCCUCGAGCUCUCCAAGUGACUCUGACAGGGGACAACGUGCUGGUGAUGAAGAGCACCAACGGGAAGAGAAAGUGGGAGGAAGAGGAGGGUGACUGCUGCUACAUCUGGCUGGAGCUCCGCGCGUCACCAAGGUUGUUCGUGCGCAAGUUCCGGCUGCCAAAGUACGCGGACGCGGGUGCCGUGGUCGCGCGCUGCGAGAACGAUGUGCUCACCGUCACCGUCAAGAAGCAGCAGCCACCAGAGAAGAAGAUCAAGUCCGUCCAGGUCGCCAUCGCCUGA